GGAGGGGUGCGUCCCAGUGCGCAGGAGCUGCAACACGAGGACUCGGUGAGGAGGUGAGGCCUGUGGCAGGAUGUGGGUGAGGAGAGAGGACAGGGAAGGGAUGGGUUCUGGCCAGAGAACAGGACACUCAGAGACCCCAGCCCUCCCUUCUGACUGUUCGCCUAAGAGAGAUGGCACCAGCCAGAGCAGGAUUCUGCCCUCUGCUGCUGCUCCUGCUGCUGGGGCUGUGGGUGGUCGAGGACCCAGUCAGUGCCAAGCCCAGUCACAUGACCUCAGCUCAGUGGUUUGAAACUCAGCACGUGCAGCCCAGGCCUCAGAGAUGCGACCAUGCGAUGCGCAAAAUCAACAAGUAUUCCAAACGCUGCAAGGUCCUCAACACCUUCCUGCAUGAAUCCUUCUCCAACGUGACCGCCACCUGUCAGACCCCCAACAUAGCCUGCAAGAGGCACAGGAAAAACUGCCACCAGAGCCAGAAGCCUGUAUCCCUGACUAUGUGUAAGCUCACCUCAAGGAGGUACCCAGACUGCAGGUACAAGGAGAAGAAACUGAUGGCUCCUUACAUUGUGGCCUGUGACCCUCCCCAGAAUGGAGACUCUGGGAAAUUCAAGCUGGUUCCUGUCCAUUUGGACAAUGUCCUUUAGGUUUCCAGCCUUCCUUGUGCGUGGGCUGUGACUUAAUUCCCUCUCCAGACCUCUGGACCACUCCUCCUCCUGCACGCAGAAGGUUCUCUCCUGACGUCUCUUGGGGCCCUUCCUAGCUCAGGCUCUUCUGAGGGGGGGGCGGGGGGUGGGGGGUUGAGGUGAUACCUUAGGAAGCCAAGCUAAGCUCCAGAAGAGAUGGUGAUCUCUCAACUUUUUGUUGCUGUUUUUCCAGAAGCUUAUCCCCAAGAAGCCUAGGGGAUUGGGUCCCUUGGUCUGUGCCUCCUAUGUCUUUCCCCUACCCCAUCUUCUCACGGCAGCAUGACAAGAAGAGGAAAGAAAUGGAAAAGGAGUGUAUGGGAUGUAUGGAAAGAGCCACUCCUACCCUUAAACUAGGCCUCUUCCCCAGCCCUGAUGUGGUAGUGAGGUGGCUUGUGGGUGGGGACGGGCCUGAAGAGAAGAAGACAAAGCACCACUUCAUAUUUACCCAGCAUUGCAUGCUUUUCAUGGUGUCUCCACGUGAGUCCCUUGUGAGAUGGACUUGAUAGGGAUUACUCACCUUCUCUAGGCGUGAGGAAACUGAGAUUUCAGAAAGCUUUAUUAAUUAAAGAGCUUGUCAGGUCGGUUAGUAGCAGAACUUGGACUUGAAACUAGGUCUCCUGACUCUAAAUACAGUGCACUUUCUACUUUACCACUGGGCCAAAAAGGAGAGACCUCUGCAGGGACCAGAGGGGAACUAGGUGAGAGUUCACCGGUGAAGCAAUGUACCAAGAACUCUGACGAGCCAGUUACCCCGUGUUGGCUGCAGUAAAGGUCAUUACCUCUCUAGCCAAGGGACUGUUUAUGAGGUGCUCCAAGGAUCUCAAUUCACUCUUUGUCUGUCCUCCCCCCCACCCUCCCCUCUCCGCGCUCCCCCUCCUCCAGCCCGCUGCUCUUCCGUCCUGGGCCCCCGGGCCUGGCUCUGGCUUGAUCACCUAGCCCUGAAGGCAUAGUGUCAGGGGAGUGUCCCAGCUUCAUCCCCCUGCUCCGGGGAUCACAUUUCCCUUGACCUCAAGGGACUUCCGUGGCUCAGUGCCUGCGUGUCACAAACAAGCUGGUGGGAGCUGCCAGAGCUUCCUUCCUCCCGAUAAUGAUCUCUCCUGCCUCGGUGCGGUGCUUCCCUGGCUCUCUGCUCUGGCAGUCCUCCCAGACCAGAGGGGUUGAGAUGUGGAAAUGCCGUCUCCUUGGUCCCCCCGGGGCUGCAGACACCACGUCUCCCUUCCUGGUGAGCAGAAUUGGAGAAGCUAUGGCUUCAUGUAGGCUCAGUGCUGAUAACCUCCCACACCUAGCCCCCCACCGGGCAAUGCCUGCAGCCCUGGUCAUCACCAGCCCCUUCUCUCUUCCUUAAUCUCAGUCCCAGACAAACUGCACUACGCCCCAUGCCCGCCCCAUGCCCACCCUACAUGAGCACCCAAACAGUACCUGUGAGAGCUUCCCUUCCCAGCUGCGGAGUCUACUCUCUACCUAUCCCUCCCCAACACUCCAGUGCUCCUUUAUGCCUUACCAGAGUCAGAGUAAGCUUUGGAGCCAGAUACUACUGGAUGUAAAUUUUGGCUCAGUCCUUUGUGGUUACAGGACCUCAAGAAAACUGCACUUCUUUGCAACUAUGUUUCCAUAUAUGGAAAUAAUCCUACCUACCCAACAGGAUUGCAGAAAGAUUUAGAAAUGACAUUUAUGAAGGCUUAGUCAACCCCAGGCACUGGUAGGCAUUCAAUAAUGAUAGCCAGCAGUAGGUAGUAGCAGCAACAGCCCUGUCCAGACAUAUUAACUUUUGGCAAACACACAGACCAAGGCAAAUACUCUACUCGGUUUUCCUUGAGGUCUUUCUUCUGCUAGAAUGAUGUUUAUCAGUAGGCUACAGAAUAAGUCUGCAGGCAGAGUCCUGCUAGGUGGGUUGGGUGGUUUGAGAUGAUGAGGAGAGAAGGUAGGGAAGGGAUGAUGAAAAGAAAGGGAAGCAGAACACUGAACAACUCAAGCAGAGUGUGGGGCCAAUAUGUUGAUGAGUCUUGAAAGUAGAGGGGCAAUAAAUAUACUUUAUAGCUUAAAUGCCAAAUGACUGAAUGUAAAAUCUAUGUAUCCUGUGGUCACUGUACUAUAUACAUUUAUCAUUCUAAAUACAUGAUUUUCAACUGAGGUACAUAGAAAACCAGGUCUCCUAGGAGUGGCUGAUUUUUCUUUUCACUCUAUUCUUUCUUCACAACUCUUUUUGUACUCUUUAUUGAUGAUUUUUCUUAUGGGUAUCAUGGUUUUGGUGACAUCCUUUUCACAAACUUUUUAAGUGGCUAAAAUUUAGCUUUUAACAUAUCCUCUGCAAAUAAGAAGAAUUUCCAAAUACGUUUUUUUUUAAACACUCAUGAUCUAAAUAGUAUUAAAUGAUUAAAAAUUAAACACAAUUCUAAAGCGGUCUAUGGUGAUAGUGGCCACAAUAGCGGUAGCCUUGGGGAGAGCUGACUGGGAAGGUGUAGGAGGUAAGCUGGAAAUGCUGUAUUCUUGCUCUGGAUAUCUUUACUUUGUGAAAACUCAUUGAGCUGUACACUUAAGAUUUGUGUACUUUACUGUAUGCAAAUUAUACCUCAAUUUAAAAAUCUUCCUAAAAAGUAUAGUUUUUAAGGAUUAGUUUAUUUAACAUGAGAAAUGUUAAUAUAUCAACUCACAAAGAUUAUAAUGAAAUCACAGAAUCAUGAUCUAAUCUAAUUUCUAUUUUUCUGCUUUGUACUAUUUGUUAAAUUAAACAGUAGUUGUACUAAUAAAUUGUAAAUAUUUUUGGCUGAAAAAAUAUAUAAGGUUUUUCCUAAAGUUACCCAGCUAAUCCAUGCUCUUCUGUUAUUUAUAUCACUGUCAACUAAUUUUCCUAUUUAUGUGAAAAUUCUUAAUAUGAUUUAUAUAUAGUACAAGCUUUUACAACCAUUAAUUAUUACAUUUC